AUGCACCAGCACGUUGUAGCCCCACUUUUCUCCUUGAUCUCUGUCCAUGAACAUUAUGUAAAUUUGAACGCUUGUUAUAAUUUCGUCAUCUCUAUCUUUCGCACACGUAUACACACGCUCUCUCCUUACUCUCCUUUCUUCACUACCCACGUAUCUAUGUAUCUAUCUGUCUAUCUAUACAAGACAAUUCAUAUAUCUAUCUAUCUAUCUAUCUAUCUAUCUAUCUAUCUAUCUAUCUAUGUCUUUCAUAUCUAUCUAUCUAUCUAUCUAUCUAUCUAUCUAUCUAUCUAUCUAUCUAUGUCUCUAGUUCAUAUCUAUCUAUCUAUCUAUCUAUCUAUCUAUCUAUUUCAUAUCAUAUCUAUCUAUCUAUCUAUCUAUCUAUCUAUCUAUCUAUCUAUCUAUCUAUCUAUAAAAGCUAGUCCAGUUCAUAUCUAUCUAUCUAUCUAUCUUUCUAUCUAUAUAUCUAUAAAAGCUAGUUCAUAUCUAUCUAUCUAUCUAUCUAUCUAUCUAUCUAUCUAUCUAUCUAUCUCAUCAUGGUUCUUCUUAACUAUCAUUCCUCCCGUCACUUUAUUUCUCUACCUCUCUUUCUUUUACGCUCCCUAUUUAUUAAUUUUUUUCGCUUAUUUUUCGCUUAUUCCCCCCUCUCUCUCUCCCUCUCUCUCUCUCUCUCUCUCUCACUCUCUCUCACUGUCACCGUCAAUAUCUUUAUUCUUCAUUUUAGUUAUUCUCUCUAAAUCAGUACGCCUAUUUUUAUUCUUUCUUUCUUUCCUUCUUUCUUUCUUUCCUUCUUUCUCUCUUUCACUCCCUCUCUGUCUACGACCGUCUAUUUAUUUCGUUAUCACUCUUUCUCCAUUUGAAUCUUUAUUUCUCUCACUGACACCCGUCCCCUCUCUCACUUUCUGUCUCUCGUCCAUUAUCUAG